UGUUCAGUCGCAUGUUUAGGGCUUUAGAGGUCACAGUCAACCAACUACAAUGGCGGAAAGCAGGCUACUGAGAGAUGAAGAUUACAAUACACACUUUGAUCCUGAUAUUUUUAUUAAAUCAUAUUAUACUGUUUUAGAUGAUACAAUCGAAGGUGGAUUAAUGCCAUUUAUAUUAAAAGGUCUACACGAUGUCUUUAAAACAGGUAAUGUGAACGGUGUGCGACUAUUGGACAUUGGAACUGGUCCUGUUCCUCAUUCUGUGAUUCCUGCAGUACCGUUUGUUCAAAAUAUAUACCUAACAGAUUUAUCAACGGUUAAUAGAAAAUAUCUACACGAUGCUUUGUUUGGAUCUGGUAUACAAGAUUUUUCCAGUAUUUUUGAAUUUUUGGCAAAGUUCAGCGAUAAAAGUCAACCCUGGACAAAUGUUUCUGAUGAAUUGAAAGCCAAAGUCUGUGGAAUAUUUCAUUGUGAUCUGCUACAAGAAGAUAUAUUUGGAGGAAGUUACUUCCCCUUAUUUGACGUCAUCACAACAAGUCUGUGUAUUGACGCUGCAGCUCCUGAUGUAGAAACGUACGGAAAAAUUGCCAAGAAAAUAUCAAAGUUUCUUAAAAUUGGCGGACAUUUGGUUAUCGCUAAUGUAUUGGGGGGGACAUACUAUUUUGUCGGGGAACAUAAAUUCUUUUCAUUGGAUAUUAGUGAAGAUGAGGUGAAGUCAUGCUGGAAAGGUGCCGGGUUUUCAAUACAGAGCUGGAAUCUUAUGACACGACCAAACAAAAGUGAAAACUCUGAUUUUGUUGGUGCUUUUGUUAUGCAUUGUAUUAAGGAAUCUUAAUCGGUAGUAGCAUAGACACUACCAGGAAAUGAAGAGUUAUCACUCCCUGGUUUUAUUAUGCAUUGCAUUAAAGAAUCUCAAUCGGUUACCCUAUCUACUCGAAUCACGGCGAUGGAACCUAACUCGAACAUUCCUUUAUAUAUAUUAUAUAUACUCUUAAAAAAAGUAGGGGAUAUUGAAAUGCAAAUACCUAUGUGAGACACGCAAUAGCGCCAAACACGUGGGAGGGGUUCAUUGUCAAAAUUGACACUUGAAGGAAGGGUUGUUGAAAACUGCCGCUUGCUGAUUUAUCCUAUUAAUGUUUACUUUCCUAUCGGUUCAUGCAUAAGUUUGACUGUUUAGCCUAUAUUUGCUUUAGUGGGUUACGUUUGAUUUGAUCGGGAGACGUGUUCGUCGACGUCAACGUCAACCGUCAACCGUGGUACUGCAAGAGGAGUGAGCCAGAUUGCCCCAUAUCGUGAUUGGACGGUUGAUUAAGAGCAUGCCACGACGAAUUGCUGAAUGGCUGAGUAUUGGUGGACCAAUUACUCAUUAAGACAAAAAUAUAAAACGUCCAUUUUCACUUUUGACAGUGUAUCUAUUUGCGAGUGAAAUGGGGCCGUCAGAUAAGCCGCCCAUAUGAAUUGCUUAUGUUCAUGUGUAGGCAAUUGGCCUGUAAUUAACACACACUGGUUACCUCUAAUAAAAACAGCAGUGCAUACCCGCAGUUUUGUAUUGUUUUUGAAUAUCCCCUAAAAUCUUUUUGAAGAGUAUAAUUAAACGAUUUAAAAGAAGGAACUCUCCGAUUUAUAUACAAAAAAAUACUAAUAUUUGGAUGGAAUAAUCUAUAUUUAAAUAACUUGGUUAAGAUGAAAAUAGUGUUGGCUUCAAAUUAUAAUUUAUAAAGAAAGAACUAAACAGCUUUUAAUUGAAGAAGU